AUGGGCCUUGACUACUACCGGAUCUUACACCUGCCUAGGUGUGCCACCAUUGCCGAUAUCAAGAAAGCAUACCGGAAGCUGUCGCUGAAAUAUCACCCUGACAAAAACCCUGGCGACCAGAAUGCUGCCGACAUAUUCCUGGAGAUUGCAGAAGCUUAUGAUGUCCUCACAGAUUCCAAGAGAAAAGCGGUAUACGACCAGUUUGGGGAAGAAAUCCUGAAAAGAGGUCUAACGGAUGCAGUGGGAAAAUGGGAUGUUUCAUUCUCGCUUGGAUACAAGUUCCACGGAAAUGCUGACAAGGUGUUCUCUGACUUCUUUGGGGGAGACAAUCCGUUUGCAGAGUUCUUUGAUCUGGCCAGAUCAAAUUGUAACCAGCGAUGUAGAAAGGGACAUGCUGGCCAAACACAGGGACAAGAUCCACCGAUUGAAGCGUUUUUGGACUUAACGCUUGAGGAAGUGUUUCAUGGAUGUAUAAAGAAGAUGCCAGUUUGUAAGCGGGUAAUGGAUGAGGAUGGGAUUACUUCAAGCGUGCGUGACAAACCGCUUACUAUCUCUGUAGGCAGAGGCUGGUUGCCGGGUACCAGGAUUAUAUUCUCAAACGAAGGUGACCAGUCUUCAAAUAAUAUUCCAGCUGAUAUUGUGUACACUGUGAGAGACAAGCCACAUCCCAGGUUCCGAAGGGAAGGUACCAGCUUGAUUCACCUGGCUAGAGUGUCUUUGGCACAAGCUUUACUGGGUUGUUUGUUGUCUAUUCAAACACUGGAUGACAGGAUUUUGCAUAUUCCAGUAACCGACAUUGUGUGCCCUGGAUACACAAUGAUAAUAAAAGGGGAAGGAAUGCCGCUGGUCUGUGCCCCGUGUAAUAGGGGUGAUCUCAUCAUAGAAUUUGACAUCGAGUUUCCAUGUUAUUUAACACCUGAGAAAAAACACCUGAUUCAGAAAGCACUUUUAUCUUAG